AUGUUGGUGCGCAAGAAGGGUAUAAUAGUUGGCUAUGAGAGAAUAUCAUACAUGAAGGUGAAGAUGGAGGUGGGAGAAGAUGAGGUGGAGUUAGAGGUGGAAGAAGAAGAUAUGGUGGAAGUGAAGGGGGAAGAAGAAAAUGGGAUGGUGGAGGAAAGUGUUUCUUGUGAGUUCCCUGUGCUUGAAGGUCCUCCAUUCUCUCCUCUUAUCUUCUCUGCAGCCUGGGAGAAUGUCAUGGACUGUGAAGAUGAAUUAAAGUUUAAUGAUUGUGUUAAUCGUCUUGAGCUUGUUUGCCAAUCAUGGCCUGUAUUCUUUGAAUAUGUUAAUGACUCGUGGAUCUUUCCUUACAAGAAAUUCUUUGUGAAGGCAUGGACGAACAAAGUUAUGCAUUUAGGGAAUACAACAUCAAAUAGGGUUGAGUCUGCUCACUGGAGUCUAAAGAGAGUUCUUGGAAGUAGUAUGGGAGACCUUUGUUCGUGUUGGGAUGGAAUUCACAACAUUAUUAUCUUGCAACAUAACAAAAUUAAGGCGUCUUUUGAAAGAAGUAUAAAUCUGAUCACUGACUCUUACAAGGCAUUGAGUUAUAGAAGAUUAGUGGGAAAUAUUUCUAGAUGUGCCUUAGAACUCCUUGCUCUAGAGUUGGAAAGAGUAAAGAAGAUUGGAUUCGAUACUAGUCGUUGUGGUUGCAUUCUCAGACAAACUUAUGAUCUUCCAUGUGCGUGUGAAUUAGCACGAUAUGAUCCUAGGAUGAUUCCUCUCCAAGAAAUUCAUGUCAUGUGGACCAGGUUGAGCUUCUCAAAUGUGUCGUCUUCACAAUUCGAAGGGCAAUUAUCUAUUCAGAGGGAGAUUGAUCUACUGCUUAAUCUUUUCAAAGAAGUUGACAUUGUAGGAAAAGUCACCAUCAAACAUAAAUUACUUGACAUAGUUUGCCCUUCGAUGACAUCGAUGUUACCGCCAUCGAGUAAAGUUAAGACGAAAGGUGCACCUAAGAGUCAUCGAUCAAAGAAGUCAACCAAACGUGAUCCCUCAUAUUUUGAGCAUGUGUACGCCUUCAUUGAGUCAUCAAGACAAGACACAUGUGUUGCAAAAAUAGAAAACAACAUGAAGACCAAAGGUGUAAUUCAAGAAAAAGUAAUACCCAUGCUAGAACAGUUCAAUCAUGUUUUUCAUCCUUAUAUACUGGAUGUUGUAGAUGUUGUGGCGGAUGGUCAUUGUGGAUAUAGAUGCAUUGUUGCAUUAUUGGGUAUGGGUGAGGAGUCAUGGCCUCUAAUCAGACAUGAUCUAUACAAAGAACUUAGUCAAUGGCGAGAUGAAUAUGCAACAUUAUUUGGAGGCUAUGAUUGUCUGGAAGAACUGAGAAAGUCUUUGCUAGUUCAUUCACCAUCAGGGGUUAAUCGAGACAAGUGGAUGACUAUACCAGACAUGGGGUAUGCGAUUGCUAAUCGAUAUAAUGUUCGUCUACAAGAAGGUUGUCCAUUACCGACAGUGAAUAUCAUAUCAUCUAGCAAUUGUUACCCAAAGGCAAAAGGGUGGGCAUCAUUUUAUAGAGAUAGGAUGCAAGCAUUCCUAGAUUUACACGUAGUGGAUCGUAGUUAUGUAGAUCUCAUGGAAGACUGA